AUGGAGGAAUAUCAUCUGAUUUCAGAUCUGCAUCCCGAUAAAACGAACUGGACUAUAAGAGUUAAAGUCUUGAAGAAAUGGCAUGUCAAGCAUCCUAGCCAACGUCAUUCCUUGCAGUUUAUGUUGAUGGAUGAAGAGGCUGAAACUAUUCAAGCUUUUCUCUAUAUUCCCGAUUUAAUCAAGAGUUUCGACAUGUUAAUUGAAGAAGGUCAAUGGAUUUGUUUUUCUGAAUUUGUGGUAUUUGAUGAGACGUCGGAGGAACCAAAUUCUCCAAUUGGAAGUUGUAUUAGAUUUUUACAAAACACUGAAGUUGAUCUCAUUGAUCUUAUCGAAGUUGACACUCCUCAUGGUUUUCUAAAAUUUUCUGAUGUUCUUGGUGGCAAAACUGAGCCUGGACUUCCCAUCGAUAUUAUGGGUUUUGUAGUCAAUAUUGAGCCACUGGUCACAGUUACUGAUGAUUCUUACCCUGAAAGACAAGAUAAGAAAACCGCCAGCAUCUCUUUCACUAUCAAGGAUGAUAAGGGGUUAUUAUUAUCGUGUGUUGCAUCAGGAUCACUUGCACUUGAUUUCAAUGACAAAAUUUUCACUGAAAAACAAUUACCAUUUGAUUGUCUGUUGACCGACUGGUCUGUGAAACAUGGAGAAGGUGGGUACUAUCUUAGGUCUAGAGGAGGGAUUUCAAGGAUCGAAUUUUAUCCUAAACUUCCACAAGCCAAAACUUUCGUUAGAAGGUUUUGGAACAACCAACAAAAACCUACCGAUGUUAUUGAUUUAGGUGCGAACGAUGAUGAAGCAAGUACAUCAUCCGUGAAGAAUAGAAACUGA